AUUUCAAAACUCUUUGGACCUACCCAGUACAUUAUGUCAGCUGACAAUUACACUAAAUUCAAAUCUGCAGUGUUUCUUCUCACUGGGAUACCUGGGCAAGAAGACGUCUAUCUCUGGAUCUCUGUCCCCUUCUGCUCAAUGUACGUUAUUUCGAUACUAGGAAAUUCAGUCAUUCUGUUCAUUAUAAAAACAGAUCCAAGCCUCCAUAAGCCCAUGUACAUUUUCCUUUCCAUGUUGGCCAUCACAGACCUUGGUUUAUCGGUAUCAACUAUACCGACGACACUGGGAAUAUUCUUAUUUAACUCUAGGGAGAUCAGCCUCGAUGCCUGCUUUGCUCAGCUAUUCUUCAUCCACUCAUUUUCAUACAUUGAAUCUUCUGUGCUUUUGUUGAUGGCCUUUGACCGCUUCAUUGCAAUCUGUAACCCACUGAGAUAUGCUUCCAUCUUAACCCCACCUAGAAUAUACAGGAUGGGACUUCUGUUUGUGCUAAGAUCGGUGGCCCUAAUAUUUCCACUCCCCAUUCUCUUGAAACAGUUCCGAUACUGUCGAGCCAAUGUCCUCUCCCAUUCUUACUGCCUGCACCAGGAGGUCAUGAAGUUGGCUUGUUCAGACAUCACAGUCAACAGCAUCUAUGGUCUCACUAUUAAACUCUUAUUGAUGGGGUUGGACUCGUUGUUCAUCUUUUUCUCCUAUGUGAUGAUCCUCAAAACUGUGCUGAGUGUAACAUCCCCCACAGAGUGCAUCAGGGCGCUGAACACCUGCGUCUCCCACCUCUGGGCUGUCCUGUUCUUCUACACACCAGCUAUUGGCUUGUCUAUGAUACACAGAUUUGGGAACAGCACUUCUCACUUGCUUCAGAUUAUCCUGGGCUAUAUCUACCUGCUGGUCCCACCCCUGAUGAACCCAAUCGUGUACAGUGUGAAAAGCAAACACCUUCGUGCAAGGAUAAUCAGGGUCUUCUUCAAGUGA